AUGAAGAAGAUCGUGGUGUUUUUCUUGUCUGUGUACGUAUCUGCGCCUGUGCUACUGUUCCUGUUCCCCUGGAUCCUGGGACACGCCAUAUUUGCUCAUUGGUUCCGCGCUCCAUUUGGCGUCAACCUGAGCCGCCCUGAGCUCGUCCUGAAUCACACAUGUAACUUCUACCUCGACACGGAAGAAGGAAUUUCAGUGGGAGUGUGGCACACUCUCCCCUCCAGCCAAUGGGAAGCGGCACACGGACAGACUAGCACACAAUGGUUCAGAGACGCUUUGGGAGACGGACGCCCUGUUAUCAUUUUUCUCCAUGGCAACGGAGGAACCAGGGCAGCGGAACACAGAGUCGGCCUGGUUAAGAAAUUAAGUGGUGCUGGAUUCCAUGUGUUCUCUUUAGAUUAUCGAGGGUUUGGAGAUUCCAGUGGGGAUCCGAGUGAAGCAGGAGUGACGCAGGACGCCCUCUACCUGUUCCAGUGGGUAAAGCAGCACAGCAGAGGGAGCGCCGUGAGCUUCUGGGGACAGUCUCUGGGUACUGGGGUGGCCACAAAUGCUGCUGUCGCACUACAAAAACAAGGGUCUGCUGCUGACGCUGUUGUCCUACAAGCCCCAUACACAAAAAUAGGAGAAAUAGUGGAAUUGGACAAACUCGCCAAACCAUAUAUCCUCCUUCCUGGUUUUAAAAGUCUGAUUCGGAACAUCAUGGAAAAGAUUGAAGUGGAAUUUGCAAAUGAUAAAAAUUUAGAGACAUUGACCAGUCCUCUGCUCAUACUGCACGCCAUGGAUGACAAUGUGGUGCCCUAUUCUAUGGGCAAAGAGUUGUAUGAGAUUUCCCUCCGAGCUCGAGGUCUGACGGUCUCUACAGAGGUGGAGCUGGUUUCUUACAGCGCCGAACUCGGAUACAACCACAGAGAUAUUUAUUUAGACCCAAAUCUCACAGACGUCGUCACGAAUUUCUUGAACAAAGUGGCAAAGUAUUGA